AUGAGUAAUACGAAUCGUCAAGCAGCAAACGGUCAAACAGCACGAACAUGUCAGUUCAAAAUGGUUCUACUAGGUGAAUCAGCUGUUGGAAAGUCAUCCCUGGUUCUUCGAUUUGUUAAAGGACAGUUUCAUGAGUAUCAAGAGUCAACUAUUGGUGCAGCCUUUCUUACACAAACCGUAUCUGUCGAUGAUACAACCGUUAAACUCGAAUUAUGGGAUACAGCUGGGCAAGAACGAUAUCAUUCACUAGCUCCGAUGUAUUAUCGUGGUGCUCAAGCAGCUAUUGUUGUCUAUGAUAUUACUAAUGCGGACACAUUCAGUCGUGCAAAAGUUUGGGUCAAAGAAUUACAACGGCAAGCUGCGCCGAACAUUGUUAUUGCCCUAGCUGGCAACAAAGCUGAUCUAGCUCCUAAACGACAAGUGGAAGUCAAUGAAGCACAAGCCUACGCNAAAUAG